UCGCAAUGGGUCUCGUUUGUAUUUGUUCGUGAUCUGCAGCAAUUCGUGAUACAUUGAGAUUUCGCUUCCAUCUUCACUUGUACGUUGCCUCGCGAUCCUACACGAGCGAUAAAACAUACACUCCUUACAUCUUGCGAUUUCUCUGUUUGGACGUGAUCUCGUCCAAUGGCACCGGGCCAGCUUUCCCUCUUCCCUGCUCCUACUACAUCCCGACCUCCAAGCCGAGCGGCUAGCAUAAGAAAAAAUGGAUCUUCAGACGAGCGCCGAGCAGUUUCCAGCCAGAGCGCAAAGUCGGGCAAUGAAUCAUCGCCAAAGCUUCAGUCUCCAUCAGAUUUGAAUGCUUCGAUCCCGACGAACAACAGCUCUGCAGAGAAGCCGGCACAACUGUCUCAGGAGGUCAAAAGCCCAGCACCAGGCAAUGACAUUAAGCCAUCGAGUCAAGCUCCAGCUCCUAAGAAGGGCAUUCUCAAGAGGCCUUCUGAGUCGUCCAUCGGUUCUAGAUUCUCGUCAAAUGAUAUCCGCAAUGUCGCCAAUACAUCACAGUUGAACAAACCUAUUCACGGAACGCCUACGCCGCCUGUCUCCGGAUCGGUGGCCAUGCACAAACAAGAUUCAGCUUCCUCGCGUUGGUCAGAAUCAUCGCCCUCACGCAGCGAAGUUGCAUCGCCUAGCAACACGGUCCGACAAGGUCCACUGUCUCCUUUGCUUGACCAUAGCCAGCUGGAACAGCCAUUCACAACGCUGCAUUCGCCAAGCCGUCCACCUCAUGUCACCUCGCGGGCGUCCAGUCCUGCAAUGACCAGAUCUAACAGCACAGCAAAGCCUCCUAUCUUCCAGAGAGCUGACGAAUGCGUUCCCAUGCGUUCUAUGUUCCCACAAUAUGACCAUGGAAAGGCUUUGACCCAACAGAACUAUUACCCGACACAAUCCGCCGUUGCACCAUUAUAUCAGGACACACCUCGGGCUCAAGCUCCACAGAUGGACGAAAAGAAAACACUUCGUCAAUACGAUUCCGCGGUGGGUCUUGUGGAGGGGUACGAACACAUCCCAGCUGCUCAGCAUGCGGAUUUUGAAUGUCUCUGGAAAGCAGCUGCUGGAGAAUUCCCGACUGCUGCGCGCAAAGUGCAGUUCAAUCUCGUUCAACCUCAGGCUCGGUCGAUUGGUCAGACUCCUGCAUUGGCCAUAGGAGUCUCGCAGUCUCAGAUUGUGUAUGAUAUGGACACGGAUCUUGCGGUCCGCCGACACCGACCCAAAGCAGCCAUGGCAAUGCCGGUUGCGCAAAUCACACUUCCACAUGCUUCGUCAGCAGGGCCUGGCGGACUGAUGGCCACCGAGAUCUUUCCGCAUCCUGCUGCUGUACAUGCUAUGGAACAGCUUGCGCAUAGCGUGGGAGCUGAAGCACCAAACCUCGCAUCCCUCCAGGAACAAGCACUUGCAAAUGUCCACCGUCGCCACGCAUGCACGUUGUUCCGAAAGGCCCGCAGAAGCGAUCAGCCCUCGGGUGUCGUGGUUGCCUCAUACACCCUCGGCCACCCUACGCUCGGCGACUUUUCAAUCGAGGUGACGAAAUCUUCAUCCGGCGUAUCCGCCUUUAUGCCAAAAGCCAAGAUCAGCUUGCAUCACCCCUCGGCUACUCCGGCUGCGAUUGCUGCAGGCACUUUGAACCUCGCAUUCCUUGACUUUGCGCGGGAUGCGUGUGUCCUUGAUAUCCCAGGCCUGGUCGCGUUGGGCAACCAGUACCUCCCCGAUACGGUCGUCUCUGCCCUUUUCGCAGUCGCCGCGAUCGAGAAUGACGCGCUGGUCGCAGAAUCUCUGGUCUUUGAGGCCCCACCAAAAACGCCCAUCCAGCCUGUCGGCAGUCGAAAGUCUCUGGCCAAGCGCGAAUCCCACUUCUCGACAAAGUCACGAAAAGACAAAUCUAAGAAGAAGGAUAGCCUGAAAGGCAGGGAAAAGUCCCAUGCUUUAGAGACGGCCGGCUUCGUGGGCGCAGAAGAGGUAAAAUUGCCCUUACUGGCUCGCGGUACGAUCGCUGUGCUCGGUGUGUCGGUCAAGGCGGCGAUACUUGUCCUGCAGACAAGUUUCAAGGUCACGGCGGGUGUGGUGGUCGGCGUGAGUCAUCUCGCAACAAAACUCUGAUCGCAGGCGACAAGAGUUUGGCACGCUGCCAAUAUCUCCCUUUCUUCUCGUUUUCACGAACAUUCUUUAACUUUCCUUGGCUCUUUUCCUUUCUUCUGCAUUGCACUAUUGGCGCAUUAAAUGAUACCACCAGGUGGGAUACGGUCGAGAUUUACGGGACGACACACCUUUCCUUUUCUGAUUGUUUUGCAAUUGAUGGAUGCUAUGCAGUGGUGUAUGCGGCAUGCCGAUAAUGCUGUGGGGCUUAUGAUGUGAGAAA